AGUUAUCCGGUAUAUGUAAUCAACAAAAUUUCAUAACGCGUAACAAAAAGUUGAAAAGGAGAAUACCUACAAGUGCUCACCCAGGAUUUUGGAUUCUGUGUUAGCAAAUAUCGACAUGUGUAAACACAUUUUGAAUGCCCAAGUCGCGAUCCGCUCGCCAUGCUGCAAGAAAUGGUUUGACUGCGCGGAGUGCCACCACGAGCAGGAGUCGCACCAGCUACUACAAGCAUUCGAGAUGACAUUCGCUUGCAAGAAGUGCAAGAAGUGUUUCCGAAAAGACGCCCAGGAAUUCGAGGAGGCCGACGAAUACUGCCCCCACUGCGACAACCACUUCGUCAUCGACGCCGUCAUACCCAAGCCCGCCUUGACCGUCGAAGGCGACGAUGCGCGGAUGAACAACCGUAUGCUGAAGGAUGAUCGUGUGAAGCAGGAUCAGCACAAGUCUAUCUUCGAUAUUCAGGCCGACGCGGAUAAAUUGGGUUAAUAGUACCGGGUUGAGAUCAAAGAUUGAAAAGGAAGAUGGACGACACGAUCCUAGGUUGCGGGGCGAUGCAUUUCACAUGAUACCACACGUUUAGACUUUUAGAGAGGACAGAGAUGAUCAAAUGACAAGAAAUCAAGAAA